AUGGAGCAACAUGUUGCAUUGUGCGCUGUGACUGUGGUGAUGAUCUGGGUUUUGCAGAUUACUUACAAGUUCUUCAGAUCUCCUCUUCGUCACAUACCGGGACCUCUGUACACAAGAGUAACGAGGUUGCCGCUAAAGCUAUCGAUCAUUACGGGAAAGCGCAUCUACUUCAUCCACGAUCUGCACCAGAAAUAUGGCCCUGUAGUGCGUAUUGCUCCGGAUGAGGUUUCUAUUUCCUCACUGCCCGAGUUCAAAGAGAUCCAUCGUGUCGGGUCGGCCUUCCUGAAGACCCCAUGGUAUCAAAAGUUCUCCUGGGACCGAAAUCCGGGAGUCUUUACUAUGCGGGAUCCCAAGGAACAUGCUGCGCUCAGGGAAAAAGUCCAGUUAGCAGUGUCUCGGAUUCGCGGUGAAUUGCUGCGGGAUGGGACAUCCGAUGUUCUGAAGUGGUGGACGUUUCUCGCCACUGAUGUGAGCGGACAUUUGAUGUUCGGUGAAUCAUUUGAAAUGCUGCAGUAUGGAAAGAAGAAAAACAAAUAUAUCAAUAUUUUGGAGUCCACCAUGAUGGGUUCGGGAAUCAACGUCGAGCUUCCCCUUGUGGCACUCAUUGGCCGAUAUGUCCCACUUGCAUCCUUCCAGGAGAUGUUUCGCCCCAGCGACUAUCUUACUGAAUAUGGAAGGCGAGCGGUGUCAAAUAGUCGAGCGAAUAGCAACUCCAACCGGAAUAUUUUCACCGGAAUAGUCAAUGAAUCGGAGAAGGCGAGCAGCACGCUUUCUGAGGAGGACGUGGUAAUCGAAGCGGGCAACCUGAUUGUGGCUGGCUCCGAUACUACCGCUGUCACGUUGACGUACCUGGUAUGGGCUGUGCUGUCGCAGCCGAAGCUCCAGCACGGUCUGGAAGAAGAGGUCAGUGCGCUGGAUCCGAAUUAUAACGACGCUGCGCUGGAGGAACUGCCGCUCCUCAAUGCCGUCAUCACGGAGACCCUACGGCUCUAUGGAGCAGCCCCAGGCUCCUUGCCUCGGGGCGUGCCGAAUGGCGGAGCGACCUUUUGCGGAUACCAGAUUCCUCAAGGAACGACGGUAAGCACGCAGAGUUACACCAUGCACCGGGAUGAGGGACUUUACCCAGAUCCCGAGACCUUUGAUGUCACUCGCUGGUUAGGAGGGGAUGGACAUGGAUCCGAUGCAGCCAGGCAGGGUCUCUCCCCAUUUGGGUACGGCACCCGAAUCUGCCUUGGGGUGCAUCUCGCCUGGAUGGAACUUCGCUUAGCAGCAACCGAGUUCUUCCGUGAGUGUCGAGGGGUGCGACUGGCGUCGGGCACGACACGGGAAAGUAUGAAGCCGGAAAACUAUUUUCUGAUCGCUCCGUCUGGACAUCGCUGUGACAUUCAACGUCAAUAGACGAACGAUCUCCAUUCAGCUGCAUGAGGUGUCGCUCGCUUGGAAGAAUGGUCUGCAGACGGGCUCGUCUAGCGGCAGUAAGCGCUUGUGUGGGGAAGGACAAGGAGGUAUGUGAUCGAGAUGGAUGACGAUCCGGUUCGAGAAGGUGGAUAGAUCAUAGGACAGGACAGGACAGGGGGAUGGAUUCAAUGCCGAAUGGACGUGCAGAAGGAUUAUGUAUUGCAGAGCCGAAGGAGUGAGGAAGUCAAUGGAUGCAGGAGAAUGGAGGAAAUUGACCGAAUGGUGAUUGAGACUAGAGACUAGAAUUAUCUAGUAGCCUUAGUAGUGG